AUGCAUCUCACCAUAUCCAGCCGCACCGUCGUGCUCGUCUUCGUGGCACUGCUGGCCCUAACCAGAUCGACCCUGGCCCGCCUGUGUCCGGACGACUGUCACUGUGAUCUUGAUGAAAAGGGACGAUACAGGGCGAUUUGCAACAAAGUCGAGUGGAUAACACCGCCAGUGGCCAACUUCGACCCCAACCUGGAGGUGCUGAUAAUCGCCAACUCACGCCAUCCGGUGGUCGUGGGGACAACGUUUCAGUUCUUCAACAAGCUGGAGGUGCUGCGCGUCAUUGACUCCAACGUGCCAUCGGUCGGCGAUAGUUCGUUCUGGGGUUUGGUGAGGCUGAAAACGAUCGAUCUGUCCCGCAACAACAUCACUCAGCUGUCGGCGAAGAGCUUCCGGGGCCAGGACAAUCUGAUCGAGCUGGAUAUUUCGCGCAACCGGAUCGACCGGAUCGCCAGUGGCUCGUUUGCCCAUCUUAAGGAAAUAAAAAUACUCCACAUGAUAGACUGUUCCAUAGGCAACAUCAACACGAGGCUGUUUCUACACCUGGCCAAGUUGAAGUAUCUUGAUCUGAGUAUGAACUCAAUCGAGGAGCUGGACCCGGAAGUGUUCAAGGAUGUGCAGGACCUGAAAGUAUUCAAAGUUCGCGGGUGUCGUCUGUCCAACGUGAAUCCACAGAUCUACAACAUACUAUCCCACCUGACGGAGCUCGAUCUCGGGCAAAAUCAGUUUAAAUUUCUGGACAAGGAAGAGUUCAAGGAUCUCCGGCAUUUGCGUAAGCUAAGCCUGGACGGGAACCAGCUGUCGGUUAUCGUCGACAAACUGUUCAUCCACCAGAAAGGGCUCAGCUACCUGGACAUUUCCCGGAACCGGCUGGCAAAGAUAGCGGACCGGGCGUUCGAAAACCUGGCCAACCUCACCUAUCUCGACGUCUCGUACAACAAACUGUCCCACAUCGAGCCGGAAUGCUUGCGGCCGCUGCGCAACCUCCAGACACUCAACAUCAGCGGCAAUCUGCAGUUGGAUCUGGGCGAAAUGGAAGAAACGAUACAGACUGUGAAGAACAUUUCCUCCCUGUUCGUCGCCGAUAUGGGUUCACUACCAUUGAACCUGUUCUCUGCCUUCAAGCGGCUGACGGCGCUCAAUUUAUCUGGGAAUCACAUAGAUAACAUCACGAUACAAAUCAUCGAACCGUUGGCGCACCUAAAGUUCCUGGACCUGUCCCGAAACCAACUGAACGGCAUCCCGGAGCGAUACGCGGCCCAGCUGUCGCGAAUCGCGGACGUCAAGCUGGAAAACAAUCCGCUCAUCUGCGACUGGUGCCACAUGGGACCGUUGAUUGUGAAGGCCAAGAAGCUUCUACCGGAUGGUCUGCCGUGGCAGGAGGUGCCCCGGUGCUUUCUGCCGGAACGGUUGCGUGAGGUACGGAUUGACGGGCUCGACCGGGACGGAGUCGAGGACUGCAUGCAGGUGAUAGUGGACGAGGAUCACGAUGCGGCCAGCACGUCGCACAACUUUCUCGAGCAAGCGGGUAGCGUCAGCAUACUGGCGUUCUUCGGGCUGAUCCUGCUCAUCCUGCUCAGCAUCGUGGUCGUGUCGACGGCGCUCUGCCUCUCGCGGCACCGGGCCCGGUACUACACGCACGAGGACAAACGAGACACCAUCCUAGAGAAGCACACGACCGACACGACGGUCGUAACGUCGGGCAGCGAGAUUAACUUCAAGUUCCCGUACAACGAGCGGGUCUGCACCAUCGACGAGAUGCGCAUCCCGCCACCGCCGCCGCCCCCCGGCAAGUUGGCCGGGGCCGCCGACAUCGAGCGGUUCGAUUAA